GUUUAUAUGGGUGAAUUACUUGUUUACAUUCUUAAAAUAGGGGGAAAAAAUAUUUUGGUAUUAAAAUAUUUUUUGUGAAAUAUUGAAGUAAUGAAAAUUUGUGACAGUUUUGUCUAGAUUGAAGUGAUAACUGAAAAGUGUUAUAUGUGGGGUAUUAAUGAGUUCGGAUGUUGGAAAAAUAGUUCUUUUUAUUGUGUGGAUUUUUAACAGUUUAACAAUAAGUUCAUUGUGAAAUAUGAUGAUAUAGUGUUAUAUUAAAGUGUUAUGUCUAUAAACAGACUGGUACUUAUUUGCGGUGGACUGGUUUCAUUUAUCUAAAAAUUACAAAAAUUUAACAGCAGAUCAAAAUGUAAAACUGUAAAUAGUGGUUUAAUUUAUAAACUGGAAGUGAAAGUAAAUUAAUUGAUGUGUUUUUAAGACUUUUGUCAGUCAUGGUUACUCAUAAAGUGUGGUUUUCAAGUUUGAUGAUUCAAGUUUUCAUUUUUCUGUGUGGGCAGCCUUAAGUUCUCCUGACCACAGGUUGUUUAAUUUGUUGACUUAGUUAGUUUCUGGAUGUGGGCUGCCGUCUCGGUUCAAUUUUAUGUUUGCUAUAAUUAUAAUAGUAAACAUCUAAAAUAUGAGAGAUAUUUCUGUGAUCAUUACAUCAAAUGUAGGUAUGCAAACGAUCUUGACAGCCGACAAUGAAAUUUUAUUUUGUGAAUAAUAUUAACAGUUAUACUAUUCCUGAACAAAUGGACAGGUGAUUUAUUCACAAAAUUUGAUUAAUUAAUUCCUCACGGAAGUGUUAUGCAAUUGACAAAGGAACAAAUUUUGCCUAAGAAUGGUGUUCAUUCAUAUGUGGUAGUUAAAGUGUAUAUGGAUGGUUUUAGAUAGGGAUAUAUACAUAUAAAACAUGAAAGAUUCUUCUGUUACUAUGGAAACAGGAGUACCCUAUGACAGGGAGGGGUUAGUUGUUCCCCGUAGAAGUAACAUGGUCUUCAAAAUGUCCAUGCUUCCUAGUUUCAAGGAGACAAGCGUGGAGAUAGAGAUGCCUGCGGGGUCGAGCAGCGAGACUGUGGGUCAACAUAGUGCAUACAGUCACGGUAGCUCUCACAUCAGUCACGGCACAGCAAAGUCACGUAUGAACCAAGGAACUGAUGCUUGGUGGAGUGUUCGUGACUUUAUACAGCCGGAAAUAUCGAGCCCACACACAAUUUCAUUUAGUAAAGCAAAUGACGAUGAUACGUGGGAUUUAUCAGAUUCUAUCGUGGAUUUAUACAAAGAAGAGGAUAAGUAUGAUGGUGUUCAUAUUCAGUCACCAAUAAAUCGUAACACUAAAGUGGAUGUUCAAGAAUGGAUACAAGGAGACACAAGUAAUGGAUUUGUUCAUGUGUAUAAAUCAGACACGGAUAGAAACCCGCAUAUGUUUCCGUGUACGUUGACUACGACUGCUCAGAAAUUGUGUAUUCAGUGUGGAAUGCCACCGAACUCGUUACAUGUACAGUUUAAUGGAGAUAUAAUUCGUAGACUGGAUCCGUUUGAUAGUCCGUUAGCAAUACAGAAUGAGUACUUACAGAAUAUCGGAUAUACAGACCCACGGAAAAUUCAGGAGAUCGGUGCUAUGGAAGAUCUGGCAUAUCUAGUCAAGUUCUAUGCAGGGAAGCCAGUAUCAGACAGUACAUACUCACGGAACCAGUUAACAACAUUUGCCUAUGUAAGGAAGGGAAAGUUAAUAUACCAGUGGGUUAGGAGACUUUGUAUUAUAACGGGAACCAGGCUUCUAAUCUACAGAGACAAGACCAAGUCAGGUACCCCAACUAUUGUUCAGUUAGCAAAAGGCACUGUAGAGGAGGUACAGCAUGUCAAAGGUCAUGGCCAUGUCCUUAAGUUGACCUCAACACUUCAAGGUGAAAGGUCAGUGUAUUUGUCUUUCACUGAUGAGAAGGACUACAGCAAGUGGCUGAGGAAAACAAAGAAGGCUACAGCCAAGUUACCUACCAAAGCAGACUUAUCAAACUGUCACCUGGAGUUUCUGCCAGAAACAGUCUUUAUAAAUGAUGAACUUGAGAUAUUAAAUCUCCGCCAUAAUGUGUUGAAGGAGAGACCUAUAGAAGAGGACAUUUAUACAAUAGGCUGGCUGGAUGAUUUACCAAGAUUUACAAGUUUGCGUAGUUUAAAUCUUGCGGACAAUGACCUGCGAUGUUUUCCGAUGGCUGUAUGUAAGAUGAGGACACUGACAGAACUCAACCUGGCCAGUAAUAAGAUAGAAGAUAUUCCCCCUGAUAUUGUAGACAUUGAAAAUUUACAGAUGCUUCAUCUGCACAACAACCAUCUGAACUACUUACCGGACGAGAUGUGCCGAAUGCGUAACCUUCUUGUUCUAGUCCUCGCGUUCAAUCACUUCACGUCAGUGCCCUCGGUCCUUCUUCAAACUCACGAGUCAUUGCUUAGAAUCGACAGCCUGAUAAUGGCAGGAAAUAGGAUUGAAAAACUGUCGCAAGAUGUUCUCAGUAAAAUCCAACACAUUAAGAAAAUAGACUUUAGAAUGAAUAAGUUGACAUUGUCGCCGAGUGAGAUGUCAAAAUUUCAUUUGUUAGAGUUAGUGACUCAUUUAGAUGUUCGUGAUAAUGGGAUAACAGAUUUAGAUGUGAGAUCGUUACGCAAACUGGAAUAUUUAAAUUGUGAAAGAAAUAAGAUUCACAGUUUGCAAGUCAGUGGUGGUGCCAUUAAACUUCUGUUUGCCAUGCAAAAUGAGAUGUCAUCCCUUUCUAUAAGUCCAAAACCAGAAUGGUUGACAACACUUGAUGUUUCAAGGAACAAGUUGGAUAGUCUGCCAUCUUGGAUCAGUGACUGUUUCUUCCUGGUGCAAUUAAAUGCUAGUCAUAAUAUUAUCAAGAAACUACCUGACAAGAUGUUGGUAGAUACACCAAAACUUCGGGUACUUAAGUUAAGCCAUAACCAGUUAACAGAACUACCUAGUGAAGUCAACCAUGCAGUGUUAGAAGAUUUGAGCUUAGAGCACAACCAAUUGUCAUGCCUACCAGAAAAACUCUUUGUGAACUUGCCAAAACUUCGAUACAUAUGUUUGACCAAUAACCAUCUAGAAACUGUUCCCGAGCCCAACCAUAAUGUAUAUCAAAACAAGCUACAAGAACUGUACUUAUCAGCCAACAGGCUGGGCGAUGAUGUUAUACAUAGAAUAACAUUGUUACACAAACUGAAGGUGCUACAUCUAGGCUACAACCAGAUUACAGAAAUACAUGAUAGAGACCUCAGGAAGUUGGAAAAUCUUCAAGAGUUAAAUAUAUCUGGAAAUUACUUAAGACACUUGCCUAAAUGUGUAGGAAGACAUUCCAAAUUGCAGGCUCUUAGAUCCAAUGCCAACUUGUUGAAAGAACUGCCUGACUUCAGAUACUCUCCUAAUCUAAAGGUAUUGGAGGUGGGUUCAAACCGGUUGAUGGAUAUAUCAGUGACAAGCCUGAUGGCAUCAAAUGUAAACCUGCUGGAUAUAUCCGGUAACCCAGAGAUGCAGGUGUCCUCCGUUGAGCUGAAAGGAAUUAAGGUUUUGAAGUUGAAAUCAACAGGACAGAAGGUAGGAGCAGCAGGUGCAAUAUGUCACCUUCAUAAAUCUGUUACAGGAAACGGUCAGUACAUUCUCAAUGUUGCCAAUGUGGGUGAUGUGGAGGUAGUUAUCAGUAGACGUGGAGAAGCCACGGUACUCAGUAAACUAUUCAAUGUAUCUCACAACAAGGAGGAGAUGGAGAGAAUAUGUAAAUCAGGUGGCAUUGUUACUGAGGGUUAUCUUUCACAAGAAAAUAUUGGUGUUCUAGUGAUACGAAUGAUGUUAUCACAGGAUGAAAGGAAUAGGAUGAGAAAAAUGCUGCAGGACCAAUUUGAGAAUGAGCAAAAAUUAUUGGCUGAACUCAGAGUGAGAGACAUUGAAAGAGAAGAACAAAGAAAGAGAGCUGAACUAGAGGAACAAAACGAAGCUGUACCUAUGGAUAUUGUGAAGUUGAAAGGUGGAAAAAAGAGAAAACAAGUUGAUAGAGUGUUUAGUAAUAGUCCUGAUGAUGAAGAGGAGAAUGUUGAUGAGCAGGAUGGUGUUAAGAUAAGACCAUUGCCUAGGCAGCUUAACAAUGACAAGGAAGAUCUCACUACCAACUGGGAGAUAAUGCUACAGAGGCGACUGACAGAGGAAGUGAAGGAUAAAGAACUCAUUCAUGCAAUGCGUGUUCAGGAGUAUGACCCAUAUUUUCCAUCUAUUGAUUCUGAUGAAAACUGGUCAACUACAACUCAAUUAAAGGGUCAAGUUAAAGAAAGAACUGUUACUUUACCUCCAAAUAAGGAUUUUGGACAUUUCAGCACAGCACCAUCCAAGAUGCCACCACCUCCGCCUCAUUUACCGAGACGGCAAAUUAUACCUGAGGCUUCGCAAAUUUCAACAGAAUCUUUAGAGUUUAAGAGAGAACUGAAACACCCAUUGAAUGUUGACAGAGAUGCAAUUCUAUUUCACAAUAUGCAACUUUCAAGACAUAAAAAUCACAACAUGAGUUCACAUAGUAUAGAUUCCAUACAGUCAGACCCUGCCUAUGCUUCAGUGAAAGAAAUGAUGAAAGAUAAAAAAUCCUCUUCUCACAGUAUUGAGGUACUCCUUCAUGGACCUACAGCUCAACGUGCUAAAACUGAAUCAUACGGAGGCUCUCAUAAAUUCCCAAAGCAAGAAGUUGAAAUUCCAAAAAGAAACCCCCAGGUAGACUCAUGUCCAACUGACAUGAAUGACAGGCUUAAAAUGCUGGAACAGAAAGGGUUCUUACCAACAGAAAAUGAAAAAGCAAAUAUUACGAAGGAUUCUGUUGAUCAUAAAGAAGUAGUUACUGUCGAAGACAUUGAAAGAAAUUUUUGCCAAAGCAAUGAAUCAUGUGAUAGUGUAAACACCCUAACUAAUGAAGUAGACAUAUCAGAUUGUGAGAGGCAGGAUAUAAUCUCAGACUAUGAAACAAUAAUUGAUGUAGCUUCACACCGUAAACAUACCCAAGAGAACAAUGAUGAAAUCAUGAUCGUUGGUGAGAUAUAUAGUGCUAAUGGACAUACUAGCGGUAUAAGAGAAAAUGAGCAUCUGAAUUGGUGGAAUAGUAGAAAGAGUAACAGUGCUGAGGGACUGCAGGAAAAGGAGAAGAACAAAGAUGAAGAUUUGACAGAACUAUAUGCAACUGUUAGAAAAGUGAAAAAGCAGAAAGACAUAAAUAAUGAAAAUAACGCAGUUGCUGUUGCAACAGAAUCCGGAGAUAAAAUGAGUAAAGCUGAGAAAACAAAUAAUCUUUUGCAACAUGAUAUUGCAGACCAUCAUUCAAAUGAUAUUUCUAAAGUUGAAGAAGUAAACGAGUCUGUUACAGAAAUGAAAGUGGAUUCUUGCUCACCCGUAAGUAAUAUCAGUACUCCACCUGCUGUUCCAAAGAAAGUGCACUUAGAAGAAACAGAAGAUAUAAAAGAUACUAUUACAAAGUCACAUUCGGGAACUAAAUCACCAAGUGCUAAUAAGAAACCAGCAACAAAAGUUGUUGGUUUGCAAAGAAAUUCACAAGAUGUGAGGCAUAAGGACGCUUCUUAUGUGGCACGUUAUCAAGGCAAAGCAAACUUUGUUCAACAACAACGGCAAAAGUUUACGAAAUCCCCAUUGACUAUAUCAGAUACAGACACUGACCACAAUAAACAAGUGAAAGAUGAUAAAAAUGAACAUCGAGUGAUACGGUCAAAAUCUCCAGUGUCAUUUAAAAGUUCUUGUGAAGAGAAACAAUCAUCGCAUCAAUCAAAUGGAACUGUUGAAAAUACAAAAAAUGAAAAUACAAAAGCACAUUCAACUAAAACCACAAGAGCGCCUGUUCCAGGAAGUAAAAUACCUUUCAAUCAUUCUCCAAAUGAGGAUGGUUUUCAAGAUGAAAGCGAACAAAAAAAAGGGUCACCUCCACCAGAAACCUCCAGACCCCAAAAAAACACCCCUCCAAUGCAAGGCCUGACUUUAAAAUUUCCAAAUUUCUAUCAAAAAAAAGAUUUAUAA